CUGCCCUUUUACUUUCGGGCGCCGGCACUUGGCCGCAGGCUGCUGCUGCUGCUGCUAGCCGGGCCCCCCCUCGCCCCCUCCGCUAUGGGCACCCCACACUUUUAAGGCGCCGCCCCGAGGGGGGGCGCACGGGGAAUUCAUUAAAAAUCGCUAUUUACGUGGUUAUUCAUUGCCCCGCUCCGGGUAUGUGAACAACCACCCCCCUGCCCCCCCCCCCCCCGCCUCCCCUUCCAUCCACCCCCAGCGCCAUGCCGGCAGCCUGCACCCUGCUGCUGCUGCUGGGCUUGGGGCUGGUCCCGGUCCCACCGGCCGGGUCGCUGCCCCUCGCUUCCCCACGGCGUCUUCCUCCACCUCCCCCUCCUCCUCCUCCGUCCCGAAACCGUCUCGGCCGCCCUUCCUCGCCUCCCGCCGCGAGACACGCCGGCAGCCCGGUUAUUGAAAGCAGCCACCAGGAGAGAAGUUCAAGCACAGAGAUAAGGACUCCUGGUGCUCCCCUGGACAGCAUGGAGCUGGUGAUGAUGCUGGCUGGGAGCAGGGAGUGGGCAUGGCUGCCUGCCAGGCACAGGGUGGUGCCAGCAGCAAGCAGGGUCACGGGGCACACUGGCCCCCCUGCCAGUGAUGGGGAUGUCACCCCUCCAGGAGCAGGAUCCCCAGAGAACCCAUCUGCUGGGACAGUGACCCACCUGCUCGCCCACAGCCAUCCUUCUGAUCCUGGAAGCCAUCACCAUGCUGCAGGCAGGCAGGAGAGAGGCAAGAGGGCUCUGGCUUCUCCCAACACCCCUGGCGCUGCCGGAGGGACGCCACCAGGCUUGGAAGCUGUCAGCACAGACUCAGCUGAGGGGAUGCAGGGCGGGGUCUGGGAGGUGUCAGUGUUUAACAACACCAUGAGGACAGUGCUGCUGCCUUCAUCUUCAGAAUCUCAUCACUCAGGUGAGCCAUCCCAGUUCAGCCUAGGAACACUGGGAAAAUAUUCCAACACCUGGGAACAAGGCACUGACAGCCUCUCUCAACCAGUGAGCAGCUGGGGGGGCACAGAGCUGGGCAGCAGCCCUGCCAUGGGCACUGCAGCGGCUUCACCCAGCCCCUUGGGGAGCAGCCCCAGCACCGCCCUCCCUGGCUCCCUGGGACAGCACCUGGCCUCCUCCCAAGCUUCAAGUACCCAGACUGGUGCAGAGCACAUCAUGCUACACCCCAGGGGUGCCAUGGGGAACUCCACCAGCCCUUUGCUGACAGCAUCACCUCCCAUGGACAGCACUUUCGGAGCCGUUGGAAGCAGCUACCAGCCAUCCGACAGCUCAGCUACGGAGAGGAGAGGUUUGGAUUUCCAUACUAGCACCUCCGUUUCCACAACAGGCACCAAGGGUGGAGAGAGGACAUUAGGAUCUCUGCCAGCCAGCACCAGGCUGGUCACCAUGGCAGAGAUUUCCACCUCUGGGACUGAAAUCACCAGCUCUUCAGCCCAGAGCCAGACCCCUGGGAUGUCUGUGGGUGCCCAGGGUGGUGGAGGCAGAAGUGUCACAGACCCAUUGCUCACAGGCUCGCCGUCUGCUUCAGAAAGUGCUUCCACAACUUUUAGCAGCAAUUAUGAACCCCCCAAGAGCAUCCCAGGUGCAGAAGAGGUGACACUGCACUCAGACCCUCAGGGUGCUGACAUGUCCAGCAUGGCAGUGGGGACACCAGUGUCCCCAGAAAAUGGCCACACAGCUGGGGUGACAAGGGACUCUGCCACCAGCACUGACCCCACAAGCUCUUCGGGCAGGACCUCCUCUUCCUUGAGGAAUGGGACACAUCAUCCCAAAGGUUCAUGGGAAGGCACCGAUCUCCCAGGCCCUCCUGGGAGUCCUUUUCUCACAAGCUCCCUCUCUGCCUCCGAAGGUCCUUUCCGAGGUGCCAGAAGCAGCCACCGACCAGAGGCAGAGAAAACCUCCCUUCCUUCCUCUGCCACCAACGCUCCCAUUUCAGCCGUGUCCAGCAGCAGCAGCAGCAGCGGGAGGCCCCCCAGGUCUGCCUCAGGCAGCAGCCUCUGGGCAGCAGCAGAGGGCUCCACGUCCAGCAGUGGCACGUACAGGACGCUGGGCACAACCCAAUCCUUGUCCACAUCUUCUGUGAGAGAGACCUACAGAGCUCAGGGGUCCACAGGAAUGACAGAUUUCACCGAGGUGGCAGACUCUUCCCUAACACACUCUCACUCUCCUUCGGAAGGUCCUUCCCCAGCUACUGGAAGCAGCCAUGUGCCAUUCAGCAUCCUGUCAACAGAGCAAAGAACCAAUUUCCCCACCACCAGCACCUCCGUUUCCACAACAGGCACCAAGGGUGGAGGGAAGACGUUAAGGUCUCUGCCAGCCAGCACCACACUGGCCCAAACAACAGAGAUUGCCACCACUGGUACUGAAAACAUCAGCUCUCCAGGCCAUUCUCAGUCUUCUUUGGGAACCCAGGAUGCUGGUGGCAGAGGUGCCACCGUGUCGUCCGUGAACCCAUUGCAUAUGGGCUCUGCUUCAGAAAGCAAUUCCCCAGCAGAAAACACCUCAGCAAUGGGAGGACGCCUGCCUCUCACCAGUACACCCAGUGUGGUGUCAACUACUGCCAGUAAGGAGAGCAGCACAGUGCUGGUGUUGGACCCCCACAGACCUUCCAGUGCCACAGGGAGCUCCGCUCCCACUCCGCCCCACACCAGCACCUUGGACACUGUCCUGCUGUCCUCAUCGGCAGCAGAGCCUGGGAAGGAGAGUAAUGUUUCGCAGAGUGGUGCUGGACUCAGUGAGCUUCCCACAAAGCUGCUGCCUGCAUUUUCUCCCAGCAUUUCAGUGCCUUCACCUUCAGCCACACUCUUCGUCCACAAGGAGGGGACAUCUCAAGCCCCAGGUAGCCACAGCAUGUGGAGCACAGAAGCAGAAAGCCUCACAUCUCAUCCUGACACAGCUGGGGACACCCACACUGGCCCUAUCCCAUCCUCCACAGCGUGGCCUGGUGUGAGACAUGUGUCAUCUGGCCGAGCAGGAUCCCCAGAGCCCAAGGGCACCCAUUCAUCCAGGGUCUUCACCUACUCCUCGGCUGCUGGUGAACUUUCCACCAUUGGCAGCAGCCAUCGCUCCGUAAGCAGCUCAGGUGCUGAGGAGAGGAUGUCCAGCCCCAUCACCGAACCCGUGUACAGUUCAUCCACGCCUGCGGGUGGUGAGGAGAGCAUGCUGCACUCAGUGGCACAUGGCACACUGGCUGGUGGCACAGAGAGCUCUUCUUCCCAUGCUGAAGCUUCCAGCUCUCCAGAGCCAUCUGAGCCAGCCCUGGUGGCGCAGGGCAGGACAGCCAACGUCUCCAGCAGCGGCAGGGGUUUCGCAGGCUUUGCAACAGAGACGGUCUUCGUACGUUCUGCCAAGAUACCCACUUACUCUUCUUUCCAAAACGAUCUCACAAACUCUUCAGGUAGCCAUCAGCCAGUCAGUAGCAUCGAUGCUGAGAAAAGGACCUCGGUUUCUCACACAGAUGGCACAUACAUUUCAACCACAUAUACCAGAGGAGGAGAAAGGACCCUUCUGUCUAUCUCCAACAGCAGCACCUCUGCUGACUCCUCAGAAAGUUCCACCUUUUUUUCUGAAAUUUCCAGCCCUUUUGAUGCAUCAAAAUCAUCUGUGGCUCAUGACAGGCAGACCAAUGCAUCAAACAGUAGCAGUUUUGUUGAACCAUCUACGGAGCCAUUGCUAGUGCACCCUUCCAAACUGUCGACUUCUGCUUCUACAGACAGCAUAGAAAACACAGCUCACUUCAACACUGACACCGAAUUGUUGGCCACUGACAGAUCGUCUCUCUCUUCAUCAGCAUUUCCCGCCUCUUCCUCAGUGUCAUCCCUGCAGCACUCACUGUCAUCAACACCACCACCAACUCGUCUGUUUACGCUGUCAGAACCACCUGAGCUACGCUCGCCCUCUGUGAUGGCAUCUUCACCCCCUCUGCAGGCUUUGUCAUCCUCCUUGCCCACUUCCACCUUGCCCUCCCCAUCUUAUUCAUUAACAUCUUUAUUGCCUGUGUUUUCAUCACCCUCAUCCAUCUCGCAGUCCAGCGACAGUGAUCAAGCAAGCACCACUGUGGUUACGAAUGUGGUCAGGCAGCUGCCCUCCACAGCUGCCACAGCUGGAAGCUCACCCAGAGAGACCAACAAGCCCAAUGUCACACACCAGCCCCAAAACAGCACCACCUUCACCCCCACCAGGUCACCUCUUUCUACAGCACCCAUGGAGCUGCUUGGUGGACGCAUCGUGUCCGUGUCUGCCCCCGUGACAGUAACAGAGACUGUCUUGCCUGGAGAUGCCACCACCCAAGGGGACAGCUUUGGGAAGGCAACACCACAGCUCAUCACGGCCAGUGUUGCUCCACGGGUUGGUCCAACAGAUGCACCCCUUAGUCCUUCACCAAGUGCAACAAAUCACAGCAACAUUGUCCCCACAGUGGCAGUGACCACGGUGAAACCUCCUGUGCUGACAACGCCGGCCAGUCGCCGGCCCACCCCAGGUGAGGCCAGCACUGUGAAAGACCACAGGGCUCAGACACCCACUGCCACUAAGCACAGGUAUACCACUGGUAAAAGCACAGAAGCUAUGGAUCCCACCCCUGCAAAGCCUGGCAAAGUCACUGAGGAAAACAUGCCUGUUACAAGUCCUUCUGAAGCCCCUCCAACAACCAAGACCACUGUGAGCAUUGCAACUACUUUGGCUGCUACCAAACCAACCAAUGUUCCUCCGUCGAGCAGCACGGUCGGGCUGAGGACGUCACCUCCAGCAACAGAGGUGGAUAAAUGUCUUUCCAACCCUUGUCCUGCGCUGGCCACCUGCAACAACACCCAUGGCUCCUACAUCUGUCAGUGUCCUCUUGGAUAUGAGCUGGAAAAAGGAAAGUGCAAUUUAGUGAGAAUAUUUAUUGGCCAGGUUCCGCUGAAACUUAAUAUCACUCAUGGGAAGUAUGCAGAGCUCUUCCACGUUGAGAGGGAGAUCCUGGAGAUGCUCAAUGCAUCGUUGUCAGGCUUGCCAGGAUACCACCACUCCACAGUUAAGGCAAGCAGGGAGGCAAAUUUUGUGCAUGUUUCAGUGCAAUCCACGUUCUCUUUAGCAUCCAACGUGACUUUCUACGAUGUUAUCAGCAGUGUGAAAAGCUACAUUCGGGCUUGCAAAUCCCCCGCUGAAGCCUGCCAGUUCAUCUCCAGCCUGAAAUCACUCCACAGAGUUGGCAGCUUGUGCAGACAGAAAGACCCUGAAUGUGACAAGGAAACUUCAGAAUGCACUGACUUUGACGGAGUUGCGCUCUGCCAGUGCAAAAAUGGGUACUUCAAAUACAACAAGAUGGACCACUCCUGCAGAGCCUGUGAAGAUGGAUAUAAGCUGGAAAACGAGACCUGUGUGAGCUGCCCCUUUGGCUUGGGUGGAUUCAACUGUGGAAACCCGUACCAGCUCAUCACGGUGGUGAUUGCAGCUGCAGGAGGGGGACUGCUGCUGAUCAUGGGCAUAGCACUGAUUGUCACCUGCUGCCGGAAGAAUAAAAAUGACAUAAGUAAACUGAUUUUCAAGAGUGGGGAUUUCCAGAUGUCACCUUAUGCUGAAUACCCGAAGAAUCCCCGGGCACAGGAGUGGGGCAGAGAGACCAUCGAGAUGCAGGAGAAUGGAAGCACCAAGAACCUGUUGCAGAUGACAGAUGUGUAUUAUUCGCCAACUGGACUGAGAAAUCCUGAACUGGAAAGAAAUGGACUUUAUCCUCCCUACACUGGUUUGCCUGGAUCUCGACAUUCAUGCAUCUACCCUGGACAAUACAAUCCAUCCUUCAUUAGUGAUGAAACCAGAAGAAGAGACUAUUUUUAGCAGAGAGUGGGGAGGGAGUGGAAGAUUGACACAGUUGUGUGGCCCUUAAUCCCCAGGUACAAUCUGUCUCCUGGGUAGUUCAGGCCACAUCAAUCUUACUCUUCCCAUUUAAUAGGAAGGACUUUGAACUUCAUGCAGAGCAUUGCUGCCCUGAGGGACGGUCACAGUUGCUGAGCAUCAGAGAGGAGGAGGAAGAGGAGGGAAUGGCUCAAGAAGCACAUCACUAAAAAACCCAGAGGGAAGCUGACACAUGUACUCCAUAUUCGUUCUUCACUCUUCGCGCUACAUGGCAAGCACGGAUCAGUACAGGCAGAUGAACUGUGCCCAGCACUCUGCAUUGAAUACCACUAGGGAGUGUCUUGUUUACAGAUCUCACUUACUGUUGACUGUGCUUGUCUUCCUAGCCAGCCUUCAUGCAAAGAUUCACUGUGCGACUGCUUUUGGUAGGGCAGGUUUGCCCACUCCCUUUUACACCGCUGCAUUGCUGUCUGCUCCCUGCCUGACAGGGAAGCUGGCUUGUCUUCUGGCCCUCACCUUCUUACUGGUAAAAGUUCUCCAGAUGUCUGGGUCCUUGCUGAAGCCCAGUGUCUGGCAAUAUUGGCUGAA